AUGGCUGCCUUCUUCCAGUCCUUCCGUAGCUCCGCCAUGCCCAAGCGGCUGCUGCGCUAUGCUAUGGCAAGGCUGGACAUAUUCGAGGACGAUGCUCUUGAUCUAGACAACCUCGAUGCCGCCCUCGGCCUCAGGAAUACCUUCGAGUUCAAAGACGUCGGUCUCAAAGUCGAGAAAAUAAGAAAGCACCUCAGCCUGCCCUCCGAGUACCGAAUAAAGAAUGCAAAGGUCUCUCGUCUACAAGUAACCAUUCCUCUCGAUCUGUACUCUAGUUCCAUCCAGGUCGCCGCGUCCGGUGUUCGUAUAGCCUUGGUAGUUUCAACUCGAGACCAGCUUGCUGGGAAAUCCAAGAAGGAUGAGGCGCCCAACACGAGCCCCGAUGCUGUGCCCACGGCCGCGGACCUGGCUCAGUCGUUCCUUGAGACCCAGCCACUAAAAGAGAAGAAGGCACUGGAGGAAGCCCUGGCUUCCGAGAAGACCGACCUGGGUGCGUCCGUGGCGUCGAGCGAGGACAGCAGCGAGGAGGACUCGGCAUACGGCACUGGGCAGGGGCUGUCCUUGCCGGCUUUCUUGACAGACUUCCUUCAGGGGGUUCUCGACCGUGUGGAGGUCGAUAUCAGGGAUGUUGCCCUCCAGCUUGUAGUUGAUGUUCCUGUGGACCACAAAACCACGGCGACCGAGACCGUCACUUUUCAGGUCACGCUUGACGAGCUCGAGGUCGAGGGUGUUACGUCGCAGGUUCGACAAGAUGGAGCGAGCACGCGCAUCGUACCUAAAGAUGGCAAGCGCCAUAUAUCACUCAGCACGAUUCGCGCUUCCCUGAUUUCGGAGGCCGAUUCCUUGUUCAGCCUGACGAGGUCGCCUUCUAUGACUUCCGCUGCGUCGAGGUCUCCACUCAUGAGCGCAAAGAACCCGCCAUCCAGCCUAGAGUCCCAAAAGGCCGGAAACUUUCGCGGGGGCGUAUUCGACUCGUCCAGUCAGGAUCUAUCCUCGAGCCAAGAAAUAGUACACGACAGUGAGGAGGCCUUCAACAUACCCUAUGAACUGGAGGACUCUGGCAGCCUAGCCGGCGAAGACCAACAACCUACGUCAUCUUUAUCAACUCCGAGGGCCUCCAUCUACCAUGACUUCGGCGGUCAGCCUGAAGAUGCAUCCGGGACUGUGCUUGAGAACGCAGAGGAACCAUCCUUUUGGCCGUCCACGUCAAAUGACCUGGAGAGUGACCAAGCGGGGCGUAUUGUGGGUUCGUAUCUCGAGAAUUCCACCUCGUCUGAUUCUGCAAGCGAUGAUUCCGGGGCUCAGCCUCCCGAUGAUCUCGCCCAAUCACAGUUUUUCAGCCAUGAAGAGGCUGAGAGCAUGUAUAUGAGCGCCUUUUCGCACGGCGAGUCUCAACACAGGAGUGCUUCGAUCCCAGGUGCAUGGGAUUCCAAUCUCUCCAGCCCCGAGGCCUUUCCAGGCUCUAAAGGUGACAAAUCGCCACGGCCAGAUGGUUAUCUGGGCCACUCGGAGGGAAGGAGUAGAGAGCGGGACUUACCACCGGCCGAGGUUGAGGAACCAUCAACACCGAUCCACUCAUCACAGCAGCCAGACUUACCGGCCGAGGAUGAUCCACGCGUGGCACAGGAUGCAGCUAACGAGCCUAGUUCCGCCGCCAUGGCAGAAGAAACUGAGAUUGGGCGUCCGAACCACAUACUCAGGGAGAUAUUUUCUCUUGCGUCAGUCUCCGUGUACUUACCGACUAGACAUAAGCACAUCCAAGUCUCUAGUGCUGGCGAGUCGUCACAAUUGGCCAACUCUACCUAUCCAAAUGUCCCGGGCGCUUUCUCUGUCUAUUCCACGGCCACAGGCCCUGCAUCGUUGCAACUCGAAUCGGAGCCAGAGCCCACAAAGACAGAUGCUGAGGAUCAAGAUGGGUCAAUUGAGAUUGAUAUAACACCACUGGAAAUCCGGUUCGAUACUUCCGUCGGCUUCCUAUUGGCAAUGAUUGCUCGUCAGCUCCUGGAGACGUUCAAAGUGCCGCAGAAACCAUCGGGAAAGCCUGACGAUGCACCCACGGGAGGAAAUGGCUCGCCAAGAUCGGACAUCAAACUGUCGGUACAAAAGGUGUCCAUUCUAUUUCUUGAGAAGAUUUUCGGCGUUCAGGUCAUGGCAGCAACAACUUCAAGCCCGGGGACGCCAGUCUACGGGGCCGAGACUCUACUGAGAACCGACGUGGAGCACCUGCAAGCAACCUUGUCUCAAACGGACUCUGCGAAGGAAAUUCUGGUGAACAUCAACAAGUUCCGGUUUGGCUACCAAGACAACGAUAUACUGUCUUUCGACCAAGAAGCGCAAAUGCGAACCUCAGUGAGAGACGUGUUUCCGGAGGCUGGCGCGGAUGUCUCUGUGAAGAUGUCAAUGACCGAGGAAAGCAACCGCGUUGAAGUAAAUACGCUACCGCUGCGCGUACAUGUGGACCUACAACGGUUAGAUGAGACAUUCACCUGGUUUGGUGGGCUCAGUGGCUUCCUUCAGAUGAGCUCUUCGAUGACCUCAAGUGGCUCACACGGGAAACCGAAGGCCAAGCCUGGGAAGCCGAGAGGGGUGCGAUUCGACAUACCAUCCCAGCCGGAAAGCGCGGCCGCGGUAUCUGAAAGUAAAGUUGACGUACGAAUCGGUGGCUUGCAGAUAGAUUUGGACGGUAGGAAGUGUGGCGUUCGUGUUCGGACGACAGCGGUGAAGGUGGUGAGUCGAGGUGGCAUUAUUGGGGUCGGAAUAAGCAAAAUCAACGCAACAGGGCCGCAUGCAGAGCGUUUCAAUGGUGCACCGCCAGUUGCGAUCACGCUGUCGAACACGCGUAUCGACUAUCUUGUUACUCCACGCGAAAAUGACCUGGACCGACUCCUUGCCCUGAUUACCCCAUCAAAGGGCCACUUUGACGACAAUGAGGACGAGAUCAUGGUGGACACGCUCCUGAGGCAGCGAAGAAAAGGCUCUGUCUUGAAGUUGACCUUGGACGACCUACAAGCACACGUCACAAAGAUGCAGCAGCUCGACUGCAUCCCUUCUCUGGCAGAUGAGCUUGCUCGUCUUGGAACUGUGGCUAAAUACCUUCCAGAGGACGACCGGCCUGGCUUACUGACACUUGGCCUAGUUCAUAACAUCGACGCUUUGGUGGAUGUAGGCGGCAGGGUUGGGAAGCUGAACGCGCACCUGACAGGGCUUGAGCUGGCCCAUAUCGCGUUCCCCUCGCUGGCUGCCUUCGGUGUCAACACCGUCAAAGUCGACAGAAACAGUAUGGAGGAGCUUGUCGGUUCAACUAUAGACCUAAGGACUGGACUUCUCGCCCAAUCACCCGUCCUUAUGGUACGAGUGAUAGGUGACGAAAUGGAGCCUGCGAUCAAGGUCAGGAUGCGGAACAUAAAUUUCGAGUACCGCGUCCCCACAAUCAUGGACGCCUUGGGCCUGUCUUCUGAGACAACUCCACAGGAAUUCGACGCAAUGUUGGCAGCAUCCGUAGCCAACCUUGGAGAGCAGGCGCAUACCGCACUGGUUGGAAACCCACCCUCGCCGUCGCCGCGGUCGCCUCGGGGCCAGUCUGCGAAACCAACAAUUGUCAAUGUCGCUUUCCGUGACUGCUUGCUAGGACUAAAUCCUUUGGCACUGACAUCCAAGCUGAACGUGGUUCUCCAAGAUGCACACGUUGAGGUUGCCUUACCGGCGGGCGAUGAUGUGAGCGCAGUUGCAAACCUGAAGAAGGCCGCCAUUCUCCUAGUCGAUGAUGUUUCCUUGCUCGAAUCCUCGGAGGAAGCAACUCCGCCCCGGCACCGCGGUUCAGAUGUCCAGAGACAGACGGACAUGGUUUCUAGGCUAUGCUCUGAAGGCUACGUGAAUAUUUGUCAGAUCUCUUCUGCGAGAGCCACGGUUGAAGCCACGGCAGGUCCCACCGGAGAUAUGCACAUAGACGUUGAGCUCCGAGACGAUCUUCUGGUGCUGGAGACUUGCGCGGACUCUACUCAUACCUUGAUUGCACUUACGGGUGCUUUGAAGCCACCGACUCCGCCGAGCAGGGAGGUGAAGUUCAAGACCGAGGUUAUUCCCAUGCACGACAUGUUGGCAUCUAUCACAGCCGAUGCUUUCGGCAGGGCGGAAGGGGACUACAAUUUCGACGAUGACUUCGCCAUUGCCCAGGAGCUGGGUGGUGGGGACGACAUGUCGGAUGGGGAGAUUGUAGGCUCGAGUCCCCUCGAGGUCGAGCCGAAGUACUUCUCCAGCCAGCCCCGUGUUGCUGAAAGCAUCUACGAUGCCACCUCUUCGUCCCUGGUAUCUGGCCCCAGCGGUGCUCAGAACAUGGCCGUGGAUGCAUUCUCCUCACAGCCGGACUCGCUUGCCCCCAGCGAGGACUUUGGCUCAACCUCAGAGAUCGAGAUCGACGAGAACUACUUUGGACAAGAUCCGACUGCACACGGAGAUGCUCAUCACUGGAACUCAGCCAAGAACAGGUACGAUGAGGUGAAGAAAUCCAGGGCGCCCAAAAAUCCUCUCAAUGUCAGAGUGCGAGAGGUCCACGUCAUAUGGAAUCUUUUUGACGGCUAUGACUGGAAACACACCCGCGAGGCCAUCACGAAAACAGUGGAAGAAGUGGAGUCCAAGGCUUAUGAGCGCCGCUCCCGAGCUGGUCGGAGGUCCCAGGACGAGGCGGACUUCGACGAUCAGGAUGUUAUUGGUGAUUGCCUGUUCAAUUCCAUCUACGUCAGCAUCCCGGCGAACCACGAUCCUCGUGAGCUAGUCGGAGGUAUCAACCAUCAAUUGGACGAUGCGGAGUCGGUCGCGGCCACCUCGGUCACAACGACCACAACCCGAACGGUCCCUGGCCAAUUUCGGUCCAGGGCUAAGAAGUUGCGCCUAAACAGAAGCAGACGCCACAAGAUCACUUUUGAGUUACAGGGUGUCAAUGUGGACCUCGUCAAGUUACCACCCGGCUCGGGUGAAACCGACACCUCCAUUGAUGUCCGUGUCCAGAACCUAGUCGUUUUCGACCACGUCCCGACCUCGACGUGGAAGAAGUUUGCUGCGUACGACUUGGACGCUGGCGAGCGCGAACUUGGGGCGAGUAUGGUGCACCUCGAGAUUCUCCUGGUCAAACCGGUUCCCGAACUAGCAGCUGUCGAAUUCGUACUCAGGGCCAACGUCCUUCCGCUGCGCCUACAUGUUGACCAGGAUGCGCUUGAAUUCAUCGAGCGUUUCUUCCAGUUCAAGGAUGAAUCACAGAUGCCAUCUGACCCAUCCCCAAGCGAUGAAGCAUUCAUCCAACGCGCCGAGAUCAAUGCUAUACCCGUCACACUGGACUUCAAGCCCAAGAGAGUGGACUACGCGGGCCUGCGGGGCGGCCGGACGUCGGAGUUCAUGAAUUUCGUGAUUCUAGAAAGGGCCCGCAUGACGCUGCGGCACACCAUUGUCUACGGCACCACCGGGUGGGAGCGCCUGGGCAACACACUCAACGACAUAUGGACACCUGAUGUGAAGCGCACGCAAUUGGCGAGCGUGCUAGCUGGCGUGGCCCCGGUCCGCCAUUUGGUCAACGUGGGAAGCGGCUUCCGUGACCUCAUCGAGAUCCCCAUCAAAGAAUACAAGAAGGACGGGCGUAUCGUCCGCAGCAUCGGCAAAGGCGCGGCAGCUUUUGCUCGCACGACGGGGACAGAAAUUGUCAAGUUGGGCGCCAAGGUGGCGGUCGGCACCCAAUACGUUCUCCAAGGUGCAGAGGACAUGCUAACCAAGCCUUCGGCCGGAGGCAGCUCAAGCACUGGUGAGACGGCGGCGCUUCAGACCGGAUGGGAGGAAGAGGACAUGGAGCCAGACGAGAAGAAGCAGAUUUCCCUGUACGCGGACCAGCCCACAGGCGUCGUCCAAGGCCUACGACAUGCCUACAGCAGCCUUGCUCGGGAUCUUAACGUGGCCAGGGAUGCUGUCAUCGCAGUCCCGGGCGAGCUGAUGGAGAGGGGCGCGGCGAGAACUGUGAUGAGCAGAGCGCCGACCAUUAUCUUUCGCCCAGCUAUUGGAGCAACUAGAGCUGUUGGUCAGGCCCUCAUGGGGGCGACCAAUGCUUUGGACCCGGAGAAUCUCAGAAGGGCAGAAGACAAAUACAAGCCCGGGCCUGGAGCAUAA